UAGUGGCUGUGUGUGUGUGUGUGAGAGAGAGAGAUGACUGAGGUGAGUGGACACACAGCCGCAGCAACACAUGCUGCAUGCAGCUAUACCAAGGAUUUUACUCCCUAACAUGGACUAACCUUUGAGGACACUUUGGGAUUUACCUCAUUUGGGGAUUUUGAAGAAGUUGGAGGAAGUCAUGGAAGGUGUCGGCGCUCAGAGCGAGAUGUCUUCACUGAAGAGCUGAGCGGCGGCGACUCAGCAUGUAGCGCAGGAGAAAAAAGUCCAUUCACGCCUGCCAAGAAUCUGACCAGAUCAUGGGAAACUCAUACGCCGGGCAGCUGAAGUCUGCUCGAUUCGAAGAGGCUCUUCACAAUUCUAUCGAGGCAUCUCUGCGCUCCAGCAGCGGAGAUCCACAGCCCAUCUUCACGCAGCUCUACCUGAAGCCGGAGUCGUAUCCCGGCAACAUGGAGGAGGUGAAGCCAAAAGCUGAACUCCAAAGUGGCGAGCUGCCCGGCCACGAGCUCCUGAACAGCCACUCCUCCAACGACCAGGAGGAGCAGGAAGAGGAGGAGGACGAGGAAAGCAACAGCCCCCCGCUCCCCUACCUGCAGGGCCCUGCGCCAGACGGCUGCUGCACGCUGGAUGGGUUCUGCCAGGCUGGCAAGGAUCUCCGUCUGGUCUCCAUGGUAACGGAGCCCACUGACGUGCCAAAGGGCUUCGAGCUGGUCGGCGCCAAGUCCCCCAGCAUCCCUGAGCACAUCCUGGUGUGCGCUGUGGACCGUCGAUUUUUGCCGGACGAGAACGGGAAAAAUGCACUUUUAGGUUUUUCAGGGAACUGCGUGGGCUGUGGCGAGAAGGGCUUCAGGUACUUUACGGAGUUCUCCAACCACAUCAACCUCAAGUUGUCCACGCAGCCCAAGAAGCAGAAGCACUUAAAGUAUCACCUGGUUAAGAACUCUCAGGGUGCUCUGUGCAAAGGACCCCUCAUCUGCUGGAAGGAUUGUAAAACACGUCAGUUCUCCAGCUCUGCAUCCACGUCCAAACCCAGCUCCUCCUCCUCGGUCAGUAGUAAAGAAAACCUAGGAACCAGCGGAAAUGGUUCAUCGCCCUUCUCCCUCUCAGAUUCUCCACCAACCAGAAUGACGUCAGCCUCUUCCGUCUCUUUUGGCAGUCAGGACCUGAGCAGAGAGUGCAGCUUCAUCAAGCCUCUGGCCUCCACACAUGGAAACAAAACCCUACCAAUAGUUCCCACAGCGCUGAGGGUAAACGGGCCGACCAAUGGCUUGAGUGUUGAUGGGCGUCCUCCUCUACUCAGCCCCUCCCAGGUUACCUUAGGACCUCCAAGUCAAGGUUAUCGAACAUCUGACUUGGGAGACAGUCCGGUGCCCUCAGCCAUGAACUCCGGCCCACCCAAGAAGCGCCAUCGAAGCUGGCAUCCCAGCUCCAUUGUGCCAGUCCCUCCCACGGCCGUCCCUGUGCCAGCAAUCAGGCCCAUCGUCUGCUCUCCAGGUUCUGUACUGGGGGGACCGACUCCUCAGCCACCGGGGCCGGGUGUCAUCCAGCCCCAGCCUGUCAGUGCUGGAAGCACGGUGAUUGUAUCCGACAACCUACUCAACUGUGCAGGAGUUCGCCCUGUCAUUCUCAUUGGGCACGGCACUUUACCUUAUUUCUACGGCAACAUUGGGGAUUUGGUGGUGAGCCCACUGCUGGUGGGCUGCUAUAAGAACAGCCAGUUGACGGAGAAAACCUUGGAGACUCUGGGCCUGAGCAGCAGCCAACUGCUGAGCGUGGAGACCAUGAUUCUUCUUACGCUGCAGUAUCUGGCACGUCUAGGCCCAGAGCAGAUCCCCCUAAGGGAGGAGUUAGAGCAAAUCGUUUUGAAGGCCAUGCUCUGUUGCCCCGGCGGUCCCACCAUCUCCCCUUCCCAACUGCCCUGGUUGGCUCGACUGGAGGCCAGCGUCUCCGGGGGCACCGUCCAAGUGGUGGUUACCCAUAAUUCCCUGGGGGAGGGCAUUUGCGAGUCACUGCGCGCCCUCAGCGAGGUUCCCCACCACCAGCAGUCGCUACCCAUCUACGUGGUCAUCAUAUGUGCCUCUAAAAUGAACAACAGCGAGUUCUGCGUGCUGGUCUUAGGGAAGUACCAAGCACGGGCUUUGGCGGAGGGCAUGCUGACUACUAACGAGUUCCUGAAGGAAAUCAGCUACGAGCUCAUCACAGGGAAAGUCAGUGUGUUGGCAUCUCACUUCAAAACCACCUCUCUAGGGGACAAUCUGGACAAGCAGCUGGUGCGGUAUCAGCGCCGACGGAAAGGCCAGGUCAUCCAGCCCUUCCAGGGCGAUGUCACUGACUACAUCCACUCACAGGAGGCUGCCAGCAUGUCACCACCUACAGACAGAGAUCUGCUGAGUAAGGUCUUCCAGAUCUUUCCGACCCAGCUGAGCGUGGCCCGUCGCCUCCUCUCCCAGGUCUGCUCCAUCGCUGACUCAGGCAGCCAGAACCUCGACUUGGGGCGCUUUUGUAAAGUGGACUUCCUGGUUUUAGUCCCGCCCUCUCACAUUCUGGUAAACCAGACGGCACAGCGCAUCCGACAUUCGGGCGUCCUGGUGGACUUAGGUAUGGAGGAAUCCUGCUUGGCCCAGCAGAAAUGCGACAAGUACGUAGUGCGACUGGACACCGACGUGCAUGGCAAGAUGGAGGCUUUCAUGAGGAAAGUCAAACAGAACCCUUACACGCUGUUUGUCCUCAUCCACGACAACUCACAUGUUGACCUAACGAGCGCUCUGUCGGGCUCUGUGUGCCACGGCGAGCUGCAGGGUCUGGCUGACAGAGUCGUCAAUUGCCAGGAGGUCCUGGAGGCGGUGAACCUGCUGGUCUUGCAGGUCAGCUGCUUCCCGUACACGUUGCAGACGCACCAGUCACGCAUCAGCGUCCACAACGAGGUGCACUGGCCCUCCAAUGAAAGCCUGCAAGGAGUGCUCUCUUCUGGCGAGUUGGUCUACUUCGGCCUGAUGGACUACAGCAGAUCCCUGCAGUGGGGCGUGGCCAGCCCCAUCCUGCGCUGCGACGAUGCCUUUGAGAAGAUGGUGCACACGUUGCUGCAGAGACACCCGCACCUGCACAGCAUGGUGAUUCGCAGCUACCUGCUCAUCCAGCAGUACACAGAGGCCAUGAUGGCGCUCACCUCUUCGCCGUCCCUGAGAGACCACAUCACACCGGAGACGCUGGCCAUGGUGGAGGACUUGAUCAACGCCCCCGGCAGGGAGGGCUCCCAGGGGCGGGGCCACAUGCUGCUGGUCCGCGUGCCUUCGCUGCAACUGGCCAUGCUGGCCCGGGAGCGGCUGGAAGACGUGCGGGACAAGCUGGGCCUCCAGCUGUGCUUCGCCGUGCUACUGGGAAGCCCUGCUUCCGAACUUAACCUGCCCAGGAACUUCACAAAUCGCCUACGGACAUGGCGGGGCGGUGAGAAUGAAGACUGGGUGCCGCUCACAUACGAGGAUCUAGAGGGUCUGCCCUGUAUUGUCAUUCUCACGGGGAAAGACCCUCUUGGAGAGACCUUCCCCAGGUCUUUGAAGUACAGCGACCUUCGCCUAAUCGACUCCAGCUACUUGACGCGGACGGCACUGGAGCAGGAGGUGGGCCUGGCCUGCACCUACGUUUCCAUGGGGGUGGCCAAGGAGCCCAAAAAGACACCGGGCCCUCGGGAGUCCGACGUGGAGAAAGCCACCGCCAGCAUGAAUGACGGAGACGAGCUGGAGCGACCUCAGAGCAAUGGCAGCGCAGCAACCAGGACCUCUGGCUCUUUGGUAGAAAACGGUGUGAGUUCAUCAGACGCCACAGAUUCCCUGCAGAAGCCCUCCACGUCUACCUGUACACCAGUGGGUGCAGACACAUCAGGUUUCAAGCAGGAGUGUGACUCCAUGGGAAGCCAGCUCUCCUGUAACCCUCCCAAAUCCUCCAAAGCCCCGGCCUCCCUUUACUCCAGCUCAUCCUCCUCGUCCCCAUCACCGUCCUCCUCUUCCACCCAACGGCCCAGCCAGUCCACGCAGUGCAGCCGCAACCCGAAGCCCGCCCGCGUUUCACCGAGGACAGUCAUCAUGUCGCGAGCGGCGUACAAUCUGUUGGCGGGCGACUCAGGGAGCCAGCUGUGCUCCUUCUCCCUGCUGCCACAUGCCGACGUGGCCUGGAACAGCCCUCUGAGGCCCCCCAUCACGGCGAGCCUGCAGAGUGAGCAGCAGAGCACCUACUACCGACAGUGGACCGUUGCCAGGCAGCAACAUGCUGAUUACGAAGCUCCACCUGUGCCGCACCCUCGACGUCUUCUGCUCAGUGGACCCCCACAGGUGGGAAAAACCGGCGCCUACCUCCAAUUUUUACGUAUCCUGUUUCGGAUGCUCAUUAGACUGUUGGAGGUGGACGUGUUUGAUGAGGAGGAAGACGAAGACGAACUUGAAGACUUUAACUCUGCAGAGACACCCGAGGUCGUGACCCCUGUAAGCACCCAGUGGCCUGACAUCGAAGACAUCCGCAAGUUGCCCUUUAACCCCAACCCUCGAGACUCCAAGUUCAGGAAGGCCAGCCCAGUCCACUCUGACAAGAUGCCAAAGCUGAAAGUGAGAGAUAUGAAAAAAGAAGAAAAGGGCCAAGUAGAAGCCAAACAGGAGACAAAGUCCAUUCGACUCACUCGGUACGCCGCUCACAACGCCUUUCAUCACUGCGAGCAGUGUCAUCACUACUGUGACGCCAGCCCCGCCGCACAGCUGUCAGAGUGCACCUUCCAUACCUUCACCUUCUGCUCGUCCAUGCUGGGGGAGGAGGUCCAGCUCCAGUUUGUCAUUCCCAAAGACAAGGAGCAGCACUUUGUCUUCAGUCAACAGGGAAGCCACCUGGAGAGCAUGCGUCUGCCUCUGAUCUCCACCAAGGACCCCAAUCAUUUGAAGAGUCCUAUCUUCACGCCGACGACAGGGCGACAGGAACAUGGCUUACUCAACAUUUAUCACGCCAUGGAGGGUGCCGCUCACUUACACAUCCUGGUGGUCAAGCACUUUGAGAUGCUCCACUACAGGAAGUACUGGCCCAACCACAUCCUGCUUGUCCUGCCUGCUAUGUUCAACAAUUCAGGAGUUGCCUUUGCCUGGGCUCCAGGGGCCGCUCGCUUCAUGAUCAAGGAGCUGUCUUACCACAACCUGGAGCUGGAGAGAAACCGCUGGGAGGAGCAAGGAGUUAAGAGGCAAGAUGUCUGGCCUUUCAUCGUCAUGAUGGACGACUCGUGUGUGCUGUGGAACGCCCAGCAGCCAGCAGAGGGCAGUAUCCAUCUCUUCUUGUCCCACAGCGAUGCGACCGAAAGGGGCUGCACGCUCACCAACGUGUCCCUAAAAAUGGUCUUGCAGCACAUGGAGACUACGCCCAAGAUCUCCCUCUACGCCAUGUGCGGCACCCGCAAGUGGAGCAGCACCCUGGCUCGCAAGACCCCCCGCCGACCUUUCAGCCGGUGCCACCUCCAUGAUUUUGUCCUGCUCAACGUGGAUCUGACCCAGAAUGUCCAGUACGACCUGAACAGGUACAGCUGCGAGGAGGUGGACUUCAACCUUCGGGUGAACAGCAGCGAACUCCUGCUGUGCUGCUUCAACAGCUUCAGCUUGAUGAAGAAGAACAUUCCAGUUGGGGGGAACCAGGACUUCAUAGUCAAACCUAAACUCACGGAAAUAGAAACCCCUGCCGCAAUCAGCCCCUCCCAGUACGUCUGUGCCCCCGAUAGCGAGCAGACCCUGCUGGAUGCCCCUGCCCAGUUCCUGCUGGAGAAGUUCCUGCAGAGCUGCAGCCACAGAUUGUUCCCCAAAGCUAUUCAGAACCCCAAAAACCCGGUUCUGUCUAUUGACAGCUACCUCAACAUCAGCCCAGAGAUCUCCGUGUGUUACAUCAACUCCCGUCCACACUCCACGAACCUCAACCAUCAGGGCCUGCAGUUCAGUGGCUUGCUGCUGUAUCUCUGCGACUCCUUCGUCGUAUCCGGACUCCUCAAGAAAUUCCGCUUCCUCAAAGGCGCCACCUUGUGCGUCAUCUGCCAGGACCGGAGCUCGCUGCGUCAGACCAUCGUCAGGCUGGAGCUGGAAGACGAGUGGCAGUUCCGCCUGCGGGACGAGUUCCAGACGGCCAACUGCAGCGAGGACCGACCCCUCUACUUUCUCACCGGCCGCCAUGUUUGAAAAAGACAAACGCUCGAUUCAACGUCAAGCCAGCAACUCUUGCCAUCCGGCGAAAGGUCAAAAAUGGCACCAGAGUCCCAUUCACGCUCAUGGCUCCACUUUUUUUGUGUUAAGAUUGUACGCGGACUUUUAACCACGGUAUGUCCCGCACUGGGCGUACGUGUUUAUCUCAGGGUUUUAAAGCAAACUUACAGAGUUUUUCCUCUGCUUCAUUGCGUUUACUUUACUUGGCACCAAAGACGAUCUCAAGCUGCACCUUUUGCUUGUCCCCGCCUUCAUGUCUUCAUUGUUUCAAAAACUCCAGUUUCAUGUCGCUGCCUCGUCCGAAAAAAUCUCCCACACACGCUACAUGCAACAUAGCGGCGACUUCAUUGACGAAGUCUGGGGCCCACCAUUUAGGUUACAUCAGGGGUGUCAAAUUAGAUCGGAGGCCACAUGGAGAAAAAUCUACUCCCAAGUGUGCCGGGACUGGUAAAAUGACGGCACGAUAACUUAAAAAUAAAGACAACUUCAGAUUGUUUUCUUUGUUUGAAAAUAGAACAAGCACAUUCUGAAAUUGUACAUAUCAUAAUGUUGUUGGUUUUUUUUUUACAAUUACCUGUUGCGGUUAAUAUUAUAUAUACUUUAUUUGUCAUUAUUUAUAUAUUCUGAAUAAAUGAUGUGAUAAUGUUCAUCAGUCAACUCAUUGCUGUUAAUUUACAAGCUAUCAAGAUAAAAAAUUACAUUAAAAUCUAAAUACAGUAUGUUAUUUAUGUAGUUUGAUCAUUUUCCUCGAUUUAUUUUGUACAUAUGUAGCAUCAGCUGCAAAGUUACAAAGAAUUGCUAUUGCGACAUCCAGUGGAUACAUUCAGAACAGCUGUUUCUUUCAUUCAAAAAUUUAAAGUUCAUUUUUAUACCAGCAAACUCAUCCCGCAGGACGGAUAAAACCUGUUCGCGGGUUUGAGUACGUUUGACACCCCUGGGUUACAUAAUAUUGAGCAUCUGUCCGUUGUACUGACAUAUCACGCGUCACGAGGUACCAAUAAGAACAGAUCGGGGACAAAAGGAGCGAGCCAAGAAACGAGACAAUUGGACUACUGUACUGUUUAAAGCAUUGUUUACAUUAUUAUUAAUAUAUUAUACAAUCCCCAUUUAAACACAGAGGGAUACUGAUGUUGUUUUUUUGUAACUUUAACCAGUAUGUUUUGGUGUCUUUUUCUGCAAGGCAAAAAUAAUCUACCUAGAUGUGUCUCUACCGCCCUCUAGCGCCCUGGACGGCUCCUUAUUUAUUUUCCUUUUUUUGGGGGGGGGGGGGGGGGGACUGAUAAUCAUGUUAAAAAAAGAAGAAGAAAAAACAACAUCUAUUGAUAUUCGAUUGCAUGCUUAGGGAGGGAGUGCGUCCUCUUGCUGAAGGCUUUGCACAUUGACCCGAAACCCAACCCCGCGAAAAACAUCACGACGAUUGUUGAGUCUACCGGAAGUCACUGAGGAAGAGUGAACUUGCACUAAACAAGUUGCCAAACUGAAUGGAAAGUAACCCACCCACCCACCCGGAAACGAGACUAAUGAUUGAGUGCGGGAAUGUUUUGGCAGAAGGUUGAAUAAUAUGCAACUUGCUCACACAAUCACACAAUAUGAGUGUGAUCUACCUCACGUGACCGUUGUGCUUGCAGGCUGUGACGUCGCAUCAAAGCCAUGCUGUUUUGUGUCUUGUUCUCAAUUUUGAAUGUAAUAAAA